CCUGCCUGCACCCUCUGCUCUCACACUACGCUUGUAAGACGCUUCACCGCGUUCCUGAUGGGCCUAGAACAAUACCAGUCUUCUCACCGACCGCCUAGCACACCGUCUACCUAGAUUUACCAUUCUGAGUAUCCUUGCCCACCGUCUUCGUACUGUCUUCCUUGUUGGUUUUUGACUGUAACUGUCUCCUGCCCACCGCGUUUACACCGCCUACUUAGCCUAGCUGUCUUUACACGUAUUUUUCACUGACCGCCCAAAUACCACCUAACUUACCAAGCUCCACACCACCACGGUCAAUCAGUUAGGCGGCCCUCAGCUAAUCCGGCCGAAGACCACUUUCUCUGUACUUCCCUUAUACGGAAACGGUCUAAGGCAGUCCAAAUGUUAGCUACAUAUCAAUUCUACCAUUCAAGCUGUCUUGACACUUCCGAAAUGUGUAGAUGGGUUGGAACAAGGAUAGAACUGCAAAUGCAGCUGCCGCACAGGCCACUAUACUCGUGGAUAUAUCACACAACAGUGUAAAGAGAGAAAGAUCGUGGAGCAGCCGCGGCUGGGCACAGGGCUGUCGUCUACCUCGUCGAGCAGCAGGCCGAUAAGGAGGCGAAGGAUAAUGAGGACCGGAGGCCGCUCUACCAUACCGCCGCGGCCGGGCACACGGCCGUCCAAUACCUCAUCAUGUAGGGGGCCGAGCUAUUGAACUAAGAAAUCAUAGGCACCAGGACUCGAAUUCAUCUAAACCACCUCUCCACCCACUUCCUGACGAUUGAAGCCUCAUUGUGUGUGAGAUUGUAGCCUCCACAAAGCGGGACGGCGUUCAUCAGCAACGGAAGCCAAGGGUGUCAGCGAUAAAAGCAGCAGUAGCACAAUGCCACGUCAUGUCGCAACAGCCAAUUGGCAU